GCUUCCUCACGUAUUCACACUCACCGAUAUACAAAUCGGUGCCGUUCCCCCCUCCUCCCUCUCCCCAGAGCACAUAGGCAGACAAGCAGACAAACCACUAUACACAAAGCGGGCCUCAUCGCUUGUGACGUAUGCGAAACGUGUCAACUCGCCAGGUCUUGCACGAAUAACACUGGCUAAGAAGGAACGCCGCAUUGUGGCCUCGUCUUGAGAAAUUCUGUUCCACUGUCAUCAACAGCUGACACACGUACACACACACACACACAUACAAAAGGCUACUACAGCAGCGCAAAGAAGACCGCUUCUCCUGCGUUUGACCUCGUGCAAAUCUGCAGGGCUGCUCGUGGCACGUUUGAGCUGGCUGUGAGAACGCCUGCGUUCAUCUUACACUCGCCGUUUCAAAGGGCCAUAUACUUCUUAAAAGAAUAUUGUUUACUUUAUUAUUAUUGAAAAUUCCCUAUGCACUUCAACAUAAUGCAGAGCGCGCACGGAUCGUCUUCCAAACGAGAGGGACUGCCAAGCGGAGGGGUGACACAAUGGGCAGGAGCCCCCGCUUUUAACAACAGUGAGCCGCGCUUUCUCCCUUCUGCGAGCGAAGGCCUUCUACGGACACCAGCGGCCGACAGUCGAACCGCAACGGCAGCGGCAGCAUCCGCAGCAACAAGGACAGCCUCCACAAGGAAAGCAGGAGCGGCGGUGCCUAUUGGUGGCCUCGCUCUGCCCAGCGCCGUCGAUCUCAUCGAGCGCAGCGCGUUUCUCUACGGACUUCUGCACUCCGAUCGUCUUGUGUACGACGUGCACGACGCCAUCGCCACGUUAACCGCUGCGGCAGGGGGCACGGUGGCGGGGGAGGACAUCAACGCUGAUGAGCGCCGGCGUGCCUGCGGCCGCGUCAGCGGAGGGUCGGUGCUCUCCGGCGUCUUCUAUUUUCCGUCGCAGGCCCCGUGGCCUGAGAUGCCGUGGCGGCCAACGUACAAGUCCGCGGUCCUGCUGUGCGUCUUCGUGUCGGUGGCGGCGUGUCGGCGGGCCAUCGCACGGCUGAGCGAGGUGGCAAUGCCGGUGCGCGGCGGGACCGGCGUGAAAGUCGUGCAGGUUCCAUUGCUCACUCCUUCUUCGUCCUCGUCUUGUUGUGCACCGUCCAGGGUGUUCUCGCCGAGCAUGGUGCUGCGUCCUGCCAGCGAGUACACGUUCAGUCCCGAAAGUGUGGACACGGCGCUGCUGACGUUUCUGACGGCCCCGCAGCUGGCGGAGUUGCUGCUGCGUCGACGUCGCAUGCAGGCGCCCCUCGAGCGUGGCGUGACGGACAACACAAGCAGCAGCCGCAACGACCGGGUGGAGGACAUGCUGGCCUACGUCCGCGCCAACCCACCGUCGUCGCGUCUGAGCAGCUCGGCGGCACGCCUCUACGCCGCACUAUUAAGUCCACAGAGCACGUACAGCGUGGACUGGGCCGCCGCACAGGUCGCCGUGAACCGCGGCGACGGGACCGUCGUGCCGGAGAUGGCGGUGGUAGAGCCGUGGGUGGGCGGCGGUGGCGGCCUGGAGGACCGCAACGAAGCCCUGCGAGAGCAGGACCGGCGUGGUGGCGGCGGUGGCCCGACGUCGGAGGCGGCUGGAUCGGGGAGGGGCGGCGUCGACGGGGGACGGCCCUCCGAUCCGCAGCUGCCGUGGGACGCGCGCACAGGCGCCUCCAAUGAUUUUCUGCCUGUGACGCUGCAGGAGGAGGAUUACCGGAAGCGGUACGGCGUGACGCCGCAGGGACGACUGAGCGGCGGUGGCGGCGGGGGCGGCAGCGGUAGCGGCGAUCGCCGAGACAGCAGUGAGAGGCUUGCGGGGAUGAUGCCGUCUCGCAGCUCCGUCUACCUCGGUGCCCGGCAGCUCCUGCGCGGUGCAUCGUGGAUCUUGUGUCGCCUGCGCGAUGGACUGAUGGAGGAAGAGGCCCCGCUGCUCACCGGCGCCAGCGGCACGUCAUCGUCAUCGUCAUCGUCUGCUGCUGCUGCUGCUGCUGGCCUCGCUGCCUUGCCCAUCCCUCCCGCUCUGCCGCGAAACGCGCCCUACUCUACCAGCCCGUCAUUUACCGGCGCGACAACGCUGCAGAGCGAGCGCGGCCGCGGGGAACCGCCUCGGCAGCGAUACCGCACCGAGGACGGCGACACGCGUGCGCGGCAGGUCGGGACUGCGAUGGUCAUUCCGCGCUACAACGCCGUCGGCACGGCGCUGUCGUGGAUGCCGGGAUUUCAGCACAUCGGCCGCCUCUUCGUGACGUCCACGACGGUGCUGACGCCGGAGGGGGCGGCCGCCCCGCGUGUUGUCGACGGUACGCAGCGUUCGUCGCGUCGUCGACGACGGGAAGAGCAGGAGGUGGCGUCGGCGGACAACGGUGACGCCAACCCAGCGUGGGAGUCGCUCGUUAUGCAGCGCUACGCGGACGCCGCAGCGGAGCGGACGCGGACUUCGCAGGCGCUGCCGCCGGUGGCGCCGGCGUCGUCAUCCUCGCUGCACGACUCCGUGCUGUCGUGGAUGUCGCCGGCUCGCGGCCCCGGUUGGACGACGUCGUCGUGGCCGUCGGCGGAGAUGCUGCAAUCGAAGCCGGCGGUGGAGGGGGGGGUGGUGGCCGCCGCCCCACCGCACGGGGCACAGGCAGCCGCCCUCGCCCGGACGUCCGCCCGCACGGCGGAGGUACCGUUGCCGCGUGCGACGGCGCGGAGAAGUUCGUCUGGAUUAGACUCUCUCUCCGCAUCCGCCAUUGUCGCCAACGUCUCUUCCUCCUCUUCCUAUGCGCACCAGGCAGAGGGAAAUGCGAUGCGGCUCCCCACCACCGCCUCAACCGUCCCUUCGUCGUUUGACGGGACUGGCGGCGACCGGUCUGCGCUGAGCCACGCCAGCAGCUCCAGGCGCGGCGGGUGUAUUAAAGUGGAAGGCGUACACGCGUCUGCGCCGCGUCUGCGCAACGAUGUCGCCGAUGAUGACGCCUCAUUUCUAGCGCACCACCGCCGGCGUCAUGGGUCGGCGCAGGCACGGCGGGAGGGUGUGUCUACCGCAACUCCAUCUGACGGGCUCGCCACGGAUGCGACGUGGCACGCAGCAACAGCCGGAGCACACGCGCGACCGUCGCUCGCCGAGGGGCUUCGCACGUUCACGCGAGAGGCGCGCGAGAUAGAGGUGGCGUCAUCCGCAGCGCACACGCCUCUCGGGGCGGCUCAACGCGUAAAAGGCGCCGUGGACCCAAGCGUGAAGGCGCCCGCUGCCGCUGCUGACCUCGCCGCGCGUUCCUCGCGGCGAACCGUCAGCUUCGCGCUUCCCAAUGAAACAUCGCACAACUGA